UUGAGAUGUCCUAAUGGUGAAUUAUUUAAGUAUAUAAUUGAAAACAAGAAACUUGGUGAAGAAAAUGCUAAGAUAAUCUUUAAAGAGAUCGUUGCUGGGCUUGCUUACGUUCAUUCUCUUAACAUCGCUCACAGAGACUUAAAACCAGAGAAUAUAUUACUCAGUGAAACAAACCACAUAAAAAUAACAGAUUUUGGCUUCUCCCGGUACGUUGGCGAAAACGGAUGGGUAAAAACUUCAUGUGGUUCACCAUGUUAUGCAUCACCGGAAUGUAUAUCAGGCGAACAGUAUGACGGAAUCAAGAGCGACAUGUGGUCAAUUGGUGUUAUUUUGUUCGCAAUGGUAACAGGAAUGCUUCCAUGGACGAAGAGAAAUAAGAAUGCAUUAUUUAAGCAAAUACAGCAAGCAAAGUAUAGAAUGCCACAAAAUAUAUCCCCUGAGUGA